AUCUAAACUGCCUGACAAGGCUAUUGUUUUCUCCCAAUGGACUUGCAUGCUGGACUUACUUGAGAUUUCAUUAAACCAAUCAUGUAUACAGUACAGGAGACUUGAUGGGAGGAUGUCUCUGGCUUCAAGAGACAGGGCUGUGAAAGAUUUCACCGCUGAUCCAGAGGUGACUGUCAUGAUCAUGUCAUUGAAGGCUGGAAAUCUCGGUCUAAACAUGGUUGCUGCCUGUCACAUUAUUCUUCUAGAUCCUUGGUGGAACCCAACUACCGAAGAUCAAGCUAUUGACAGGGCACAUCGAAUUGGGCAGACUCGCCCUGUGACUGUUUCACGGCUAACUGCUAAAGAUACAGUGGAGGAUCGGAUAUUAGCUCUCCAGGUAAGUUUCUGUUCAUAGUCUGCUGGAUCCAUGGAUUUAAUACUAUAGGAUGACUUUGAUGUGACUUGUUUGACUUGUAGU